GGCUGGGUGAAGCAAUCGUCUUAUUUUGAUGUGACACACAAACAAACCAACAACGCUGACAACAACGAUGACGGAUGAUGAGGACAGGAGCAACGAGUGCGUGGUGUGUGGCUUGGAUGAGGAUGUGGCCGUCGUCCCAAAGUGUCACCAUGGCAUCUGCAAAGAGUGCCUUCGCAUGCACGCCAAGUCGUGCAUGGAUACCAGGCGCCUGCCCGUUCAAUGCGCGGCGUGCACGGAAGAUGUGCCCCUGAACAUGGUGCUUGAUGCGCUGCCGCCUGAGGAGCAAGAUCAGUUGAGCACGGCCAUGCUGCGCGCAGCGCUGGAGAAGGACCCGCAGGUCAGGUUCUGCCCCGCACCGGACUGUGGCUACGCCGUAUUCCUUGGCGAAGACAUGACCUUGUGCCCCUACGCCAGCUGUGACAGGUGCGGGACAGCUUUCUGCACGCGCUGCAAGCACAAAGCACACGGCCGAAACCCGUGUGUCCUCACCGACUUGCCACCCAACACAAAGCCGUGUCCAAAGUGCUUCGCCCCCAUCGAGAAGGCGCAGGACGGCUCCUGCAACCACGUCCGCUGCUACGUGUGCAAGACGGACUUUUGCUGGCUGUGCUUGAAGCCGUUGAGCCAGAUGGACACCAUCAACCAUUACGUGGGCAUGACCGGCUGUACCAUGUUUGGAUCCAAGCCCUGGAGCGAGGGCAAGCGGUUGGCCGUGCACCGGAGCAGCCCGCUGUGGGUUCCGUUUGCCAUUGGCCUCGGUGCCGUCGCCGUGCCGCUGAUGAGCCUCUCCCUCCCUGUUGUUGCUGCAAAGGAGGCCUACAAGGACAACCAAGAAGCAAGCAAAGCUCGCAGGGUUUGGCGAGGGUUCAAAAGCGGCAUCGGCACUCUGUUGAUUGGCACACCGAUCCUGGCUGUCGCAUACACAGUCGUGGCCCUGAAGGGCGCUUGGUUCGCAUACGUCAAGAUGCCGUGUCGCGAGGUGCACAGCUGCUGCCGAUCAGGACGGCCUCCUUCAGGCGUGGUGGAUCUCACACCACAGAGCGCGUUACCCUCAGGCCACCGCCUCGCCUCUGAUUCCGCUGCAUGACACUGUGACAGGCUGUUUGUGCGUGGAAAAUGGACGAUAAAUGAUUAUGCAUCUGCUCCAUGCAUUUGACUGAGCGCUUCAAACAUGUGUUGUUGCUCCUUGCUGCCUUGUCAUUUGUGCUGCUUUGUUACACUUCGCUCCUGUUGCCUUUUUCCUUGCCCUGCCCUUGUCUUGUCUCUUGCUCUGUCUCUUGCCUUGAUCUACGUUUCCCGUGACAAUUAAACGACCUGCUGCCAUA